AUGGACUCUGUCACCUACCGGCCGUGGGAGCAAGUCUCCUCGGGCCCGCAAACGCCUGCAGCCUCGACGCAGACCCUGCCCUCGAUCUCGACCCUCACCGCGAACAUGAACGGCACCGCGCCCAUCCCCUCCGAAAAGUCACCUGGCAAUUCGUCCUUGAAUACCAUCGAACGGGACUCCGGGAAUUGGUCGAUGCCGCAAAGCACAAGUAGGAAUCCGUCCGGGGCAAAUGGGCUGUCGCAUGCUGACCCUCCAGGAUCUUCCACGUACUCGACCGCGACCAAUGGCACCGGCAACAACUAUCCCUCGCUCAACUUCCUCACCUCGACCUCUCAACCCUCGCCCAACCGCGGCCAUGUCAUUCCAGACCGCUCCCCAUAUCCACAUGAGCAAUCGACCACUCCCUCCUCCACGGGCGCGAACCACCCGUCGCCGGGCUUCAACUCGUCGCAGCCCAAUUCGGCUCUGCCGUCGAUCAACCAAAACUAUGAUGGCGCAUCGCAGCGCGGGAGCGUCGUCGAGGUCUCCGAGUCCCGGCGCAGCAGCGUCGACAGUCGCAUGAACCAGGGCAUCAGCUCGCUGGCCAUCAACCCGGCGUCGCCGUACCACAGCACUAAUGCGUCGCAAUCGUCAAUCGUGUCCAGUCUCCAGCGCGAGCGCGGGAUCACCACCGAUAUGAACUCCUACCGAGGUCCCAGAUACUCCGGCGGCAGCCAGCCCUUGUCGCCGCUGGGCCCGCGGCCGGGUGAGCCUCGCAACUUCGCGGCUGGGCGGACGGCGCCCGCGAUCUCGUCGAAUCCCCGAUCUGAGAUUUACAACGCCGAGGCGCCCACGGCCGGUAUGGCCUACGCCUUCCCGGACCCGGACGUCGCGCGCUCCAGCUCGAUCUCUUCCAAUGAAAAGUCCAAUCCACCCGUUUCCCGCAAAGGGAGCACGGCCGAGUCCCUCAGCAGCAUGUACUCCGAGUCGCGCAUGCCGCGCGGACAACAUGAACUCCCUCCCAAUGUACACCACCAUUCACUUCAACACAGACAGGUCCGGGACUUGAUUGGCGAGGCCGAUCCGACGGGCGGGAAUACCCCCCUACAGCCGGACGCCCGAAUUGCGCGUCACGCACAAACUGGCCGAGAGGAAGCGCCGGAGCGAAAUGAAGGACUCAAGUGGGAGACGCUCACUCGCGCCAUUGAAUACAUCACCAAUCUGGAGAAAUCGCUCGGGCAGAUGCGCCGUGACAACUCGGUCCUCCGUACCGAGGUCGAUGAGCUGCGCGCCCAAUUGAACCAACAACAAGCCAAUGGGCCCUCGCGCCCAGCCUCGAUCUUCGAGCAUCAUCCGAUGGCCUCCACCCCGACCAACGGCCAGCCGCAAGGGCCAGUCUUUGGCCAAUUCGGAACCGGAUCCCAAAUGGCCCAGGACCAGCCUCGCACGCUGCCGCCGCUGAUGAAUGGCUCGGCGGCCAUGCAGGGGAUCCAAUACACCGACGAGCGGAGGUGA